GGUUCGGGACGUGAUGUCCCUCUGACGCGCAGAUGCGCCCGCGGUUUAACCCGUUACAAACAGACCCUGGGACAGGCCUCGAGAAAAUAACACAGCAGCUCUAUACAUCUGCAUUCUGCUUCAGUCAGGAAACAGGAUUAGGCACCGGGAAUUAAAGGUCCGCGGUGUUGGAAUAACGCGGAAUCAACGCGUAUUGGCCUCUCGAUGCGCAAAGGUCAGCAUCAGCAUCCUCGCUAGCUCUCCAUCUCCAAGUCUCUCUCUCUCUCUCUCUCUCUCUCUCUCCGCCAUGGGGAACCGAGGCAUGGAGGAUCUGAUCCCGCUGGUGAACCGCUUGCAGGACGCCUUCAGCAGCAUCGGACAAAGCUGUAACCUCGACCUGCCGCAGAUCGCCGUGGUGGGAGGCCAGAGCGCCGGGAAGAGCUCCGUGCUGGAAAACUUCGUGGGAAAGGAUUUUCUUCCCCGAGGCUCUGGCAUCGUCACCCGUAGACCUCUGGUGCUGCAGCUUAUCAACUCUAACACAGAGUGGGCUGAGUUUCUUCACUGCAAAGGAAAGAAGUUCACGGAUUUCGAUGAAGUGCGUCAGGAGAUCGAGGCGGAGACGGACCGCGUCACUGGAGCCAAUAAGGGAAUCUCGCCAGUUCCUAUCAACCUGAGGGUGUUUUCUCCACAUGUGUUGAACCUGACACUGAUCGAUCUGCCGGGGAUCACCAAGGUGCCCGUGGGAGACCAGCCAGCAGACAUCGAGCAGCAGAUCCGCGACAUGAUCAUGCAGUUCAUCAGCCGAGAGAGCUGCCUCAUCCUCGCCGUCACUCCUGCCAACACCGACCUGGCCAACUCCGACGCCCUCAAACUGGCUAAAGACGUGGAUCCUCAGGGUCUGAGGACCAUCGGCGUGAUCACUAAACUGGACCUGAUGGAUGAAGGCACUGAUGCUCGAGAAGUUUUGGAGAACAAGCUGCUUCCUCUGCGGAGGGGUUAUAUCGGGGUGGUGAACCGCAGUCAGAAGGACAUUGAAGGAAAGAAGGACAUUAAAGCGGCUCUGGCUGCAGAGAGGAAGUUCUUCCUGUCUCAUCCAUCAUACAGACACCUGGCUGACAGCAUGGGUACACCUCACCUGCAGAAAACCCUGAACCAGCAACUGACCAAUCACAUUCGAGACACUCUUCCUGCUUUUCGGAGUAAACUUCAAUCUCAGCUUCUCGCUCUGGACAAAGAGGCAGAGGAAUAUCGUCACUUCAGACCUGAUGAUCCGUCACGCAAGACUAAAGCCCUGCUGCAAAUGGUGCAGCAGUUUGCGGUGGACUUCGAGAAGCGGAUCGAGGGAUCGGGCGAUCAGGUGGACACUGUCGAGCUGUCGGGAGGAGCCAAGAUCAACCGCAUCUUCCACGAACGCUUCCCGUUUGAACUGGUCAAGAUGGAGUGUGAUGACAAGGAGAUGCGCCGAGAGAUCAGCUACGCCAUCAAAAACAUCCACGGCAUCAGGACGGGGCUGUUCACUCCAGACAUGGCGUUCGAGGCGAUAGUAAAGAAACAGGUCGUGAAGCUGAAGGAACCCUGCAUUAAAUGUAUUGACCUGGUCAUUCAGGAGCUCAUCAACACAGUGCGGCAGUGCGCUAAUAAGUUGGGGACGUUCCCCAUGCUGAGGGAGGAGACCGAGCGAAUCGUCACUUCACACAUUCGCGAGCGCGAGAGCCGGGCCAAAGAGCAGAUUCUGUUACUCAUCGAUGUCCAGCUCGCGUACAUCAACACCAACCAUGAGGAUUUCAUUGGAUUUGCCAAUGCACAACAGCGGAGCAGCCAAGCAAACAAGACAAGCUCUGCUGGAAACCAGGUUAGUACUCAGGUCAUUCGCAAAGGAUGGUUGACCAUCAACAACAUCAGCAUCAUGAAAGGAGGAGCUAAGGACUACUGGUUCGUGCUGACGGCCGAGAGCUUGUCCUGGUUCAAGGAUGAUGAGGAGAAAGAGAAGAAGUACAUGCUGCCCCUGGACAACCUGAAGGUCAGGGAUGUGGAAAAAGGCUUCAUGUCCAGCAAGCACAUGUUCGCCAUCUUCAAUACAGAGCAACGAAACGUCUUCAAGGACAAUCGCUUCCUAGAGCUGGCUUGCAACACACAGGAAGAGGUGGACAGCUGGAGAGCGUCCCUGCUCCGCGCUGGUGUUUACCCCGAGAAAUCUUCGGUGGAGAGUGAGAGCUCUGGUGCUGCAGAGAACUUCUCCAUGGAUCCACAGCUGGAGAGGAAGGUGGAGACCAUCCGGAACUUGGUGGACUCCUACAUGGCCAUCGUCAACAAGUGCAUCCGGGACCUCAUGCCCAAGACCAUCAUGCACCUUAUGAUCAAUAACGUGAAAGACUUCAUCAACGCAGAGCUGCUGGCUCAGCUGUACUCGGCUGGGGACCAGAACACGCUGAUGGACGAGUCUCAGGAGCAGGUGCAGCGCAGGGAAGAGGUGUUGCGGACCCACCACGCGCUGAAGGAGGCAUUAGCCAUCAUCGGAGACAUCUCCACCAGCACCAUCACCACCCCUCUGCCUCCUCCUGUGGACAGCUCCUGGCUUCAGGCUGGUCCUGGGGGCUCCCGCAGGUCUCCUCCUCCAAGCCCCACUGCCCCACGCAGAAUGUCGGCAGGUCAGAGACCAGCAGGCCGGGGGGCUCCUCCUCCUCCCUCACGCCCAGGGCCUCUUGGGCCUUUUAACAACAGCGGUGAUAGUCCACAGGUUCCCAACCGCCCAAACCGUGCUCCUCCCAGCAUUCCCAGCCGCCGACCCCCACCUUCCCCUACCAGACAGGUCCCGUAAGCUGCCCAGCGGGAUCCCUUCCUCCUGGACCAAGCACUCACACGCUCCUCAAGCUCUUACAUCUCACAACCUUCUGAUCCCCGAGCUUCAGCUCCCGCAUGUCCCAGUCUUUAUCUUCACUGCUUCCAGAUCAUUCCUAGACUCCUAUCAUUCCUAUGUGUGUACAUAACCCCUGCAGUGCUAGUGUCCAUGUUUAGCCAUGCUUGUUUCGUGCCGUGUCUCUGUGCCUGCGAUCUGGAUCGGCCAAGCGGGACUCGGUGCGAGUCCUACCCACAAUCCCUCUAAUACACACAUGCUUUUUAGCUUCAUUUCUCUCUGUCUGUGCAGUCUGUAGUGACCGUGCCGCGCUCGCUGAUCUCGGAUCAGAGCAGGGAGGCUCCUCGUAGUGCAUGUUUCGUUUUUAAGAGUAUAUUUUUAUGCGUGUGUGUGUGUGCGUGCUCAGGUGUGUGCAGGUCGUGCUACCUUGCUACGUGAAUAAUAUUUUUAGUGAGAGUGUGAAUGCGUGUGUGUGUGUGCUUACAUCACAGUCUCCCCUGAAAGAAACACCAAUGUGUAAAAUAGUGUGUGUGUGUGUGUGUGUGUGUGUGUGUAUCUGAGUUGGAGUUAAGAGCCGUCUGGUGAAAACACAGUCCAAGACCAAAUGUUUUGAAUUCGACUAAAUAAAAGAAAUAAAAUGGCCAGCAAGCUCUAGGUCUGAUGAUAAUCUUCUUGUGGUGUUAUGAAAUUAAGACCAAGUUAAAGUCUACAAGUUCUGCACUAAUGCCUUUUUUCAAAAAGAAAUUGGCCAGAUAUGUUAAUAAAAGGUGUAGCUUGAUGUAAUUAUCAAUCUUAUUAAUUGUUAAGGAUUGCACAUGGACACAAAUGGGUGACAAGUAAAAGGAAAAACCUGAACAAACGAGUGAAGAAUCAUGACGAGUGCAUAGACACUCAGUGGUUAAGUAUCAUGGUACAGUUAUAUUCCUGCCAUGCUCUGAGGUAUGUAUAAAAAUGCUAAGGAUCAAGAGGAAGGUUAAAUUAUUAAGAAACAUCUAUGUGAAGGCAGAGAGUCAGGAUGUAGGGACCAAUCCACAGGAUACAAGGGCUCAAUGAAUGGUUAAUGAGGAAGAAAACUGUUGUGACCUUUAUAGUAGCCACAUCAUCGACCAAAAUGAACACCUGUCAGAGAGUGUUCAAGAGGGUUCUUUACAACCAUCAUCAAAAACAUGGAAGUAUCUUUUGGAGUUCGUUCAUCCGGACUUGGAAGACCCAAAGCCAUGUUGCAUUGAAGCUGUUCUAUUCUGGUUUUUCCUUUUUAUUCGCCUUCCAUAUGUUUAUGUUGGAUGUUUGUCAAGCAGUGAGAUCAAAAUCCAGACCAAAAUUUGGAGUAUAGAGGCCAAGAUCCAGGCCAAGACUCUAGAGUAAUGAUACCAAAGAUCUAAAUAUCAAGACUAUAAGUAAGUCAGACCAAUCCAGACCGAGAUUCUGGAGUAAUGAAAUCUGUAUCAAGACCAAGAUUCAGAAUAAUGAAACAGAGAAUCCAGAUGGACAAUUGAAGUAAGUAAGAAGACCAAGAUCUAGACCAGCACUCUAAGUAGAGACAGAAAUCCAGAGCAGUACUGCGGAUACAAAUCAGACUCUGAGAUCUGGAUGAAGAUUUGGUGUAGUUAGACCAGAUGAAAAUUCUGAGUAAUUAGAAAGAGAUUCAGGUUAUGAAACACAAAUCUGUUCGAGACCAAAUUUCUUGAGUCGAGUAUCCAGACCGAGAUCCUGACUGAAAUUCUGAGCAAAUUCUGAUCAGACCUAGAUUUUGUUUGUCAGCUGAAGACUGUGAGAUCUCAACUCUAGCUCUGGUGUGUGGUAUGUGUUCUGCACGUUGAUUCAUGGUGUGCAUGUUGUGUUUUGAUGGUGCGUUGGUUUUGGCAGCGUGUUUGUUCAUGUGUUCUUGCCGUCAGUGAUCGGCACUGAUGUACUGCUGAUGUUGAAACGAAGCCCUUACCUCAUCUAGUCGUUAUUCUGUCCAUGUGCCUGUGUCGUAUAAGCAGCCCUGUCUACAAGCGGGCUGAUUUAGCAAAUCCUGGGACAUACCUAACCUUCCAACUGAACACACAACACACACUGAACAUGACCACAGCUUAAUAAAAUACACUAUCCUCUCAGCUAUACAGUAACUGUGCAACGUGGAGAUGUGUGUUUGUUAAUUAAAAGUUUAAAAAGUAAUAAUAGUGAUUUAUUAUUAUUAUUUUUUUUUUUAAUUAUUAUUAGAUGCUGGAUAGGUAAUUAAUUCCGACCAGACUGCCAUAAAGUCUUCAGGAUGGAUGUACAGGAAGUGAAUGUUAUUUCUGUUCUACUCUGACGUUCUUUAACAAAGAUGUUUGAAUGUUGUCGGUGAAAGUCUUAACAUCGUGUCGAAAAGGUAUCCACCUGUUUUUCAGCAUCCUGUCUGUUCAAAAAAAUCUGCGUGGCGUCGCGCCCCUAGAAUUUACAUUAUGUAAAGUUAA